AUGCUAUUGUGUUACAAGGCUGUAGGUUCAGAAGCUCUCAGGGAUCUUGCUCCGAUUUCUGAGAUUCAGCGAUGGAGUGAACAGGAGAUUAUGCAUCCUGACAAGCUAGUAAUGAACGCAAACAACUCUAUUUCCUAUUUCUCUGCUGCAUGCUAUGAGAAACACGGAUUCUGUGAAAUUGACUUUCCAAGAAAUGGGCCGCAGCUGGAGUGUGGUGAAACACCUGAUACAACUGAAGAAGGAAAUAAAGUGUUUCUGCUCGGGCGAGUAGAAGGAUUAGACAUAUUGAAAACAACUAUUGGCAUCGGAAAGGUCGGCAAUCCUCUAGAAUGUACUAUCGUGCAUGGAAUACAACC